GUGUGUGUGUUUAACUUCAUUCCACGUUUUUCAUUUUUUUUUCCCCAAACUCUCGUUUGUUCCCUUUUCCGGCGACGCUUAAUCGUAUUUAUUGUUUUCCAGAUAGAUAUUUGUGUUUGAGUUCGGCGUUUUAAUCGUUCGAGGUUUGAGAUCGAAUUGUUCUGUAUCGUUGUGGUUUCUCUGCGGCUUUGUAUAGAUGGAGAGAGAUUUUCUCGGCCUGGGUUCGAAAAAUUCUCCGAUCACUGUGAAGGAGGAAACCAGCGAAAGCUCUAGAGAUUCAGCUCCAAAUAGAGGAGGAAUGAAUUGGUCAUUCUCAAACAAAGUCUCUGCUGCUUCUUCUCAGUUUCUAUCUUUCAGGCCAUCCCAAGAAGACAGACAUAGAAAGUCUGGAAAUUUUCAUCUUGCACACUCUGGUUCCUUCAUGCCAUCAUCAGUUGCAGAUGUGUAUGAUUCAAACCGCAACACUCCUUACAGUUCUAUACAGGGAGUCAGGAUGUUCCCAAAUUCCAAUCAACAGGAAGAAACUAUCGCAGUUUCCAUGUCUAUGCCGCCACUCCAGUCUCAUUAUGCACCAGGAGGAAAAAGCUUCAUCAGCAAUAACAUAAAUUCGCAACCUUUGGUCGGAGUUCCUAUCAUGGCACCUCCAAUUUCAGUCCUUCCUGCUCCAGGAUCCAUUGUAGGGACAACUGAUAUUAGAUCUCCUUCCAAGCCAUUAGGAUCACCUGCUCAGCUGACAAUAUUUUAUGCCGGUUCAGUUUGUGUUUAUGAUGACAUUUCUCCUGAAAAGGCCAAGGCGAUAAUGUUGCUAGCUGGAAACGGUUCAUCAUCUAUGCCUCAAGCCUUUUCACCACCUCAAACUCAUCAACAAGUAGUCCAUCAUGCUCGUGCCUCUGUUGAUUCUUCAGCUAUGCCUCCCAGCUUCAUGCCUACAGUCUCUUAUCUUAGCCCUGAAGCUGGUAGUAGCACAAAUGGACUCGGAGCAUCGAAAGCAACAAGAGGCUUUACAUCAACAUACCACAACAACCAAACUAAUGCAUCCAUUGUCAACUGUUCAGUUGCAGUUUCUUGUUCUACCAAUGUAAUGGCUCAAACAGUGGCUUUACCUCAGGCUCGCAAAGCAUCUCUGGCUAGGUUCUUAGAGAAACGCAAAGAGAGGGUCACAAACAUAUCGCCAUAUUGCUUAGACAAGAAGUCAUCAACAGAUUGUCGGACACCAAUAUCUGAAUGCAUAAGUUCUUCUCUCAGCUCUGCAACCUAAUCUCGUUUGCAGUAAGACUGGUUCAGACCAGUCCAGACCCAUCUUUGCAUUUUCUCAGUUUAUCUUUUUCUUUUUGUUACAGAAUUUGGCUACACCGAAAAUUUUUCUUAGCUUAUAUAUUUUUAGUAUAAUUUUUUUUCUCUUGCUACACUGGGUUUCUUCUUGGCCUUAUAUACUAUAGUGUAUACUUCAUUUAUCAGAUUUUGAUUGAAUGGAACUUGUAAGAGCAAAUCAGAUAUGUACUUCGGAAAUUAGUAGAAACUGUUAGUUUUUGUCUUUAGUCUUUGUUAUAUAUUACUCAAGCUCGCAUUUGUAUUG